AGAAGAAGUAGUUUGGUUUGCUGAUAUCUCAAAAACAGAGAAGAGAGAAGAAUCAAUGGAAGACGGUGAGAUAGAGGAAGGGUCACUCCCUGCGGUAGAAGAAGACGAUCAAGGUUUUGCGCAUUCCUCAGAGCACAGCAAGUUGGAGGAAUCUCCCUACGAAACAUUGCAUCUCAGUAAGUCUUCUGUAGAGAACAUUGUCGCCGAGAUUCUCGCCGUUAAGAGAGAGGGUAAACCCAAACCAUUCCUUCGAGAGCUCGUUACUCAGAUGUUCCUACACUUCGUCACUCUCCGCCAGGCAAAUCGCUCUAUCUUGUUGGAGGAAGACCGCAUCAAAAUGGAAACGGAACGUGCCAAGGCACCGGUAGACUUCACAACCCUGCAGCUUCACAACCUGAUGUAUGAGAAAAGCCACUACGUUAAAGCUAUAAAAGCUUGCAAAGACUUCAAGUCAAAAUAUCCUGACAUUGACCUCGUGCCUGAGGAAGAAUUUUUCCGCGACGCUCCCCAAGAUAUUAAGGAUUCAGUUUUGUCAAAUGACAAUGCCCAUAGUCUGAUGCUGAAGAGGCUCAAUUUUGAGCUAUUCCAGCGCAAAGAGCUCUGCAAACUUCACGAGAAACUGGAACAACAAAAGAAAAUCCUUUUGGAGACUAUUGCAAACCGAAAGAAGUUCCUGACAAGCCUCCCUUCACAUCUCAAGUCUCUUAAGAAAGCAUCCUUGCCUGUACAAAACCAACUAGGACUUCUGCAUACAAAGAGACUAAAGCAGCAUCAUUCUGCAGAGUUGCUUCCACCAGCUCUUUAUGUGAUUUACUCACAGCUGUUGGCUCAAAAGGAGGCGUUUGGAGAACCCAUUGAUUUGGAGAUUCUAGGAAGUUUGAAAGAUGCUCAAGCUUCUGCUCGUCAUCAAGCUCACAAGGAGACUGGCACUUCCACCACCGUGGACAAUUCCAAAUUGGAAGAUGAUGCUCCUGAUGAUGAAGAAGAUGGUCAGAGACGGAGAAAAAGGCCAAGAAGGGUUCAAGUCAAGGAGAGCCUUGACCAGGGAGGAAUAUUUCAAGUUCACCCACUUAAAAUCAUUAUCCAUGUGUAUGAAGAUGAGGCUUCUGAUCCUAAGUCUGCAAAACUUAUCACUCUUAGAUUUGAGUACUUGGUGAAGUUGAAUAUUGUAUGUGUUGGAAUAGAAGGAUCUAAUAAUGGUCCUGAGAGUGACAUCUUAUGCAAUUUAUUCCCCAAUGAUACAGGACUUGAGCUUCCUCACCAGUCAGCCAAACUCUUUGUUGGGGAUGAUAUUACAUUCAAUACUCACAUAACUUCACGUCCUUACAAAUGGGCUCAGCACCUGGCAGGAAUUGAUUUCUUGCCUGAGGUUUCUCCCUUGCUUCUUACUGACAACAGUGAAGCAACCAAGAGUGAAGAAGUUAUAUCUGGUCUUUCACUAUAUCGCCAGCAGAACCGCGUACAGACAGUUCUGCAGAGAAUUCGCUCAAGGAGAAAAGCUCAGCUGGCUCUUCUGGAACAGCUAGAGUCUCUUACAAAGCUUGAGUGGCCUCUUCUGUCCUGCAAAAGUGUUCCAUGGGCUUUGCACACUCCUUUGUGCAAUUUGGAUGGUUGGUCACCUGUAAGAGCCCUACCUGCACCUAGUGAGGCUUCAUCUCUGGCUGUCACAGAUAAAGAGGAGCAUGUUCAGGGACCAAUGGAUGUUGAUGUAAUUGAACACUCUGGUGCCACAAAGGAAGAACUGGAGAGUAUAACAGAAGAUGGGGAGCUUCCAACUUUGCUUCCUAACAUGUCUAAGUUUGACCGCUCCAAGCAACUAAGCUUAAUUUCAAAAAGUAUCAUUCCUCCACUCAAUAAAAUUAGGUCACAUAGUUUCAAAAAAUUUGAUGACAAUUCUGAUUUCUUGCUGGAUACUGAAAGUGAUCUUGAUGAGCCUGCACCAAUUGAACUCGAACAUGAAAAUACAGUAUCCAAUUACUGUGCCAGAAAGUCUGUCUCAUGGAUGGAUUAUGGGGUCAAGGAAUUUUCCCUUGUUCUUAGCAGAAAAAUCAGUGCAGAUGAGAGAAAUGUGAAUUUAUUAGAAGCCAAGAUCAAAAUCAGUGUGGAAUAUCCUCUAAGGCCUCCCCUUUUUUCAUUGAAUCUUCGUUGUGUAUCUUCUGGGGAAAACCAUUACGAGAAUGAUGGAUUGGAUUGGUACAAUGAGCUUCGAGCAAUGGAAGCAGAGGUCAAUCUACACAUGCUAAAGAUGCUACCAUUCAAUCAACUAAAUUACGUAUUGGCUCAUCAAGUGAGUUGUCUAGCUAUGUUGUUCGACUAUUAUUUGGAUGAGGCUGCCCCAUCAUCUGAAAGGACAAAUUGCACUUCCGUGGUUGAUGUCGGCUUAUGCAAGCCUGUUAGUGGCAGGUUCCUGGGUAGAUCUUUUAGAGGAAGGGAUCGCAGAAAGAUGAUCUCCUGGAAAGACAUGAAAUUCACUUCUAGCUUUCCCUAAUAGUGGUAGGUUCCUGGCUAGACCUUUUAGAGGAAGGGAUCGCUGAAAUAUGAUCUCCUUGAAAGACAUUAAAUUAAUGUUCAGCCCUGGAGGUGACAAAUGGGUGCUAUAGAAUAUGAUGCUUAUCUUGACUAUUGUAAGGAUAAGGAAAUUGUAUUUCUGUAAUAUGCAUUCUGCCAACCAUGGGACAACAUUGUACUUGACUUUGCAGCCCAAAAACUAACUGGGAUACUAUGGUAGAUUUUGAAGGGGUUAUUUCAGCCGUUGAUUAUUUGUUAUUCUGUUUUAAUAUCUGGCAAUUGCAGUUACACGGGUUUCAGGAUACGAGCAGUCAUCAUGAGUAGAACUUCUAAGGAUUGUACUUGCUUAGUUUCCUGGAUAGUGGCUGUAAUAAUUUUUUUUAUUGGUUAUACUUGAUUCUAUCCUUCCGAAUCCGAGAUUCCCAUGUAAAGACGAGAUUUUUUCCUAUA